AUGGCUUUUAUGCGCGACAUGCAUCAUCACCAUAAUGUCUACUCCACCAUGAGCAAACUUUUCCAAGGCGCCGGCGUUUCUGCCGUUGGCAUUGCCUCGUAUUUCUGGGGCCGUUCGUCCGCACCCACGAAAACAGACAAACCCACCCCGUCAUCGAACUUGCCUGCAUCGCAGCCGGCAGACGUGCCUGCUUUUCCAGGUUCUCCGGUCAAGCCCGAAGGUUUUUACAAGUACGGAUUCCCGGGUCCCGUGCACGAUCUUCAACAACACGACGAGUUCAUUGCAUGCUACAACAGAGCCACCCGUAACCCGUACUGGGUUUUGGAGCAUCUCACGCAAGAAUCGCUUCGCCGGGGCCAAGGCGUUGACCGGAAAAAAAGCAUCUUCAAAGAAGACGAGAGCAUUCCCCUCAAGUUCCGCGCACGCUUGCGCGACUACUUCCGCAGUGGAUACGACCGGGGCCAUUUGGCGCCGGCUGCGGACGCCAAGUUUUCUCAGCACGCCAUGGACGAGACGUUUUUUCUCACCAACAUGUCGCCGCAAGUGGGCGAUGGCUUCAACCGAAACUACUGGGCACACCUAGAAGACUUUGUGCGUCGUCUUACCUCGCGGUACGACAGCGUGCGUGUUUUGACGGGGCCUCUCUACCUUCCAAAGCAAGACAGCGACGACAAGUUCCGUGUGAGCUAUGAAGUGGUCGGAUCUCCGCCAAACGUGGCUGUACCCACGCACUUCUUCAAGCUCAUAGUGGGCGAAAGAGAGGGCAGCGACAACUUGGCCGUGGGCGCUUUUGUAUUGCCCAACGCGGCCAUCGACGAUUCCACUCCUCUUACGCAGUUCCAAGUUCCAGUCGAAGCCGUGGAGCGCAGCGCUGGGCUCGAAUUGUUGCAUCGUGUUCCGCCACAGGCGAAACGGGACUUGUGUCGGGAGACCCGGUGUGAGAUCAUUGUGAGAGAUUUUUCCCAGGCGACGAAAGCAUUGCCUCCAGGAAAGAGUGGGUAG